AACUCGUCAAACAACUACUUAUUAUUAUGUGUUCUCGUGUCUGGCAAGGCACCGAGUCGAGCCAGUCACAUGCUCAUUUGCUGACUGGUUGAACUGUCAUUCACCAUUGACGGCAUUGUUUCUUGCUCCGGAGCAAAGCUGGUCAGCUGGCUGUGAGAAAACUAAAGUGUGUUUCUUCUUUCACUCCUAAUUCCGGUACCUAACUGUCUGUCGGAGCAGAUGCGAAUUCCGACUUCGGAACCGGUGCAUGUAUGCCAUGCCCUGUCAUCCUGAUCGUUGACGUUUCACUGACAAUUACUAACUUGUACUAAGUAAUUACAUGACUAGUAGUUGUAGUAAAAAGGAGUACAGUCCUUCGCGAAUUCCCUGAAAGGCUGAAGAGAGCCAGCGAUGGGCCACGUGGAUGUGCUUGUGCUGGCCUCCGCGCUCAGUCUUCUCACUCUGGCGAAGUGUCAGCUGCAGCGUCAACCUACUAUUCCGACGCUGGCGUCCUCUAUCCACGUUCACCCGUUGUCCUUUGGCGACACAAACAUCGUAGCGACUGUUCCUCUCCGCUCCGCUUCAGGAUGUGUUCGCACAGCCGGCGAUUCGUGUCAGGACUGUAUUGAUGAUACGGGCAUGCAGCUAGCAGCUGCGUUUCACUUUGCCGUGGAGUUGAUCAACCAGCGCCGCCCUCUGCCGUCAAAGGUUACCCUUGGUGCAUUGCUAGCUAAUAGCUUAUCGACAUGCACGCAGCGUACCAUCGGCCCAAGCUCCACGCUUGGUGCUCAACUUACCAGCGGCAUGAUAACUGUGCAGGGCGAUAACUUCUUAGAAUUGCUGUCACUUCAUCGCGUGCAUCAUCGAGUGCUGUCUAUGAUAGACCUGGUGGAUGUUGACAGUGCGUCGCGGACUACCAUCGAAGGUAUGGUCUACGUUCUGCUCUUGUUCGGCACACCGGAAAUUCUACUGAGCUCACCACCGGGCACAACGAUCAUACCUGACACCGACCCGUUGCUGAUGCGCUUUGAGCCAGUUGCCAGCCAGCAAGUGACUGCAAUUGCCUACUUGGUGCAGCGAUUCCAGCUGGAGCGAGUGGUGGUGGUUACGUCGGGCAACGAUCAGUACUGGUCGGCUGCCGCGUCCUCGUUCUCUGCCGUUGUAUCAACUGGCGGCGGGGCAUGUGUCGGCGCCAACAUACGCCUGCUCGGCUCUCAAGGCACGAACGCGUCCUACGCUCUCGCUGCCAGCCAGGUCAACGACCUGGCUGCGGCGUACGCAAUGGACGGCGGCUCAACGGCGUUCAUUCUGCUUGCCACAGUGAGCGACGCUGAGGAGCUGUUCAAGGCAAUGCUAGCCAGCAACUCGCCGAAUGUCUUGUGGAUAGCCACCGAGCCGUGGAAUCUGAGAACAAACUGGUUUGAUUACCGUGAGCUGCUGCAGGGUAUGCUAGUGGUGGCAGACCAGGCACCACCUGGACAAGCCCAAGAUUUCAUGAACUACUAUACCGGUUUGAUUAAGAAAAUCCGCGACGACAGGCUUCGGAACAGCAGCCCCAUGCGGGAUGGGAAUGGAACAACGGAAUUCAGCCCUCCUUCUCCUUCACCAUCCAGUUCUGCUGAUAUCAGUUCAGGAUCCAGCUCACAGUCCUUGCAGCAGCAGCAAUCCUCAAUGCCGCCAAUGGCACAAACACCGAGCAGCACGGAAAGCAACUUGCCACCGACUACACCGGUGCAGUCUCGCAUGACAACGCACAGGCAACGAUCAACAGGUUCGUCCAGCGGCCAGGCAGCGAGCACUAAUGACCCAGCCAACACUCCUGUUCAACAAUCAGGCACGGAGACGCAGCAGCCAGCAGCAACGGGAAUCCGCCCUGGCAGUGCGCUCAGUUCAUCAUCAACUGGCCCUGCGAUGGGCGGUAGUGAACCGAGCGUCACGCCAUCAGAAUCAUCCAGCCACAGCAGCAGCAGCGGGGGUGCAACUCAAGGGCCAACAGCCUCACAACACCACACUACGCCGCCAGGUAUUGUUGAAGUGUUUGAAAAUGCGUCAAUAAGUGGAAACGAAUCUAUCACGGAUUACUCCGACAUCCCGGUGAGUGAUGCGCUUGAUGAAAUGCUGCAGAUUUAUGUGGAACAGCGACUGGCAUUCUGUGAACAAACACUCAAACUCACGCCUUUAAAAAGUCUUUUGAAUAGCCAACUUGAUUUUGACGAUUGCAACGACUUCUUGGCAGACACACCCAAGCUUCAGCUAGCACAGCGCUCCGCAUUCCUCAUUGACUCGGUGGCCUUGUUGGCGGCAGGGCUGCGUGGGGUGCUGCGUUGCAAUGAGCGGCGCAACAACACAGCGCGAUGUCAGCUUGAUGGCAAAGCAACACCCGCCGAUGCCGAGGACUUUGUGCAGUUUCUGGAGGAUGAGACCGUGAUCGAUGGCUUUGCUGGUUUCAAACGCUUGAACUUUAGAUCCGGCCUGCUGAACGAAUACAGGUUUUCUUUCCACAAUCUGCAGAGUCUGCAAACAAAGUGGGACAUGAACAGCGUCGGCCAAGUUCUUCUUGAUCAAAGAAAUACUCUCACAGGUUCGUCACCAUUCGCUGAUUUCAAAGACCUGGAAAUAGGUUCAAUUGUCUGGCCCAAUGGAACGGGUCGACCGCGUGCUGGCGUGUGUGAGCCGGUCUGUCCUGCAGGAUCGUUCCGUGUAGAGAACCAUCCGCCAGCGCACCUCAUGGACAUCGCGGGCGAGUGUUGCUGGACGUGCAUGCGCUGUCCAUCGCGUUCCAUUACGAACCGCAGCAACGAGGAAAGCUGCCGAAGUUGUCGGCUAGAUGAGAUAACCAAUGCCAAUCAAACCGACUGCGUAAUACUGCCGGUCGUACGGCUCGGUUUUAACGACAUUGCCGCCAUCGCCGUCAUGUGCGUCAGCGGUGGCAUCUUUCUCUUUGCUGCGUUCAUCGCCGUCAUAUUUGUGCGCUAUCGUCGCACGCCAGUGAUCCGAUCGUCCAGCUUUGAGCUGAGUCUGGUGGCGCUGGCAGCCAUUGGCCUCCAAGUCCUGGUCUCUCCCGUGUACUUCAUUGAGCCGUCGGAGGUGUCGUGUGAAGUCGGCUUUGCGCUGUUCUUCGUGAUCUACACCGUACUCACCAGCACGCUGCUGAUGAAGUCGUACAAGAUCUGGUACAUAUUCCAGGCCAAGAAGCACCUGGACAAGAGCGAGCUGUUCUUCCUGCGCACGACGUUCCAGGUGCUGUGCAUCUGCGUGCUGACCGGUAUCUCCGUUGGCAUGGUGAUCAUUAUCAGCGUUCUCGACCAGAUCAAGGCUGAGCACCUGAUACGCGAGAACGAUCAGCUCCUAGUGUGCUCUGAGUCCAACGCCAUGUUCUUUGUGAUGAUUGGCUAUACCUGUAUUCUGACGCUGGUCAGCCUAGUGCUGGCAUUCAAGGUGCGCAAGCUGCCGGCACGCUUCAACGACGCUCACUUUCUCAUGAUCACCUUCUCCAUUUCGCUCAUCGUCUUCCUCUUCCUCAUCAUCAUCAGUCAGCAGUCGGAGGGAUUUCAGAACCCGCUCUGGUUCCCUGUCACGGCUGCCAUGUGGUCGUUUGCCGCGCUCGUCAGCUUGUUCCUACCUAAAGUCUACAUUGUCCUAUUCCGGCCGGAGAAGAACAAGACAGUUAGCACCUUCAGUCACACAGCCACCAAACUCAACAUGCAGUCCACGAACACAGUCAGCGCGUCCAUGCAGGAUUCGCCGCUGAGUAAAGCCAAGAAUGGUGGUGCGGGUGCUGCGGCAACACGCACUGCAUACGUCUCCAGCGUGAUGCACACGAAGAGUGUUGAUUAUGAAAUGGAGUCGACGGCGGAGGACCUGGACCCCUGAUGAAGCAGAGCGUCAAAUCACCAGAGACUACAAUGUAGUUUGUCCCUACCUGUGUGUGUUGCCGGUGGGUCAAUGCUAUGAGUGUGCAAGGGACGACCAUCUCAGUCGCAGAAGUAGAACUAAGAGUCAGGACGACGACGAUCGGUUUGCAUGUGUGUUAUGUGCGUUCAUUUGAAGAUAAUGGCUAUGGACUACCGGUAGUUACAGCAUAAGAUCAUCAUGCCUUGUGGACACACGCCGGCACACUUACCAAUAAGAACACUUCUACAUGUAGAGAGUAACUAAUAGAUUGAGAUUGAGUAGAGUAACUUAGCUGUAGCAUGGCUAGUAUAGGAGAUGACGCUACUCAUGAUUUGUGUGAAAAUUGCCAUGACCUUGAAUCUCUAGCUGCAACAACUUGCUUUUCUACAUUAUUUAGUAAAGAGGGUACUUUUGAAUAUGCUUCUGUUGAUACUCCGAUAUUGAGCGCAGUUGAAAGCAAAGGUUUCUUUCGAGUGGUGAAUUAUCCAUGUUUAUGACGAAACUAGACAAUCAGAUUAGAAUUUUUGAGACACCUCAUUCUGAGUGAGUGAUACUUGAAAGCCAGGUUUUAAAUAACUUUCCGGUAAUGGUGCUGCUGGCUGAUGCUGUUCCGAACUACUAAGCCAGCGAGAAUACGCAAUAAUUGUUAUGCUAACAUGCCGCAUCCUUGUCAGUGUUCAGUCUACCCUCUGUGAUCGCUGGUAUAUGCUAAGUCAUACUCUCUUUUCAUGUUUUCGACUUGUUACCAUAAGCCCUGAAGUAACGGUGCUGUACACGAAGCUAUUCUAGUUCGGAGCCGCACUAUUGUCAGUUGAUUUGUUUCCUGGGCCUCUACUAGA